UCAAAGGUCGCUUAUCGGGACGGACCGACUUUAAUCGGGAUAGUUAUAUACCGGGCCCAGCGACAGAUGUCCGCUCAUCACAGGGGAACGGCUUUGAGGCUCUACCGACGGCUAAUGCGGCUGCACAGACGUCUUCCCGACGUGGACAUGGCACAGAUAGGCAGGCAGUUCGUGAGGGAAGAGUUCCACAGACACAAGACGGCAGACCCUAAAUUUGUGACCAGUUUCAUGAAAGAGUGGACGGACUAUGCAGAGGUGUUGGAGGGGCAGCUGGAGCCGGUAGACAGCGAUGGUUCCGGUGAAGAUAUUGUGGUAUUGGGAAGAAAUUUCUCCAGCGUUGAACUUGAUCUGAUGAGUGGGCAGCAGCUUGGCCAGCUUAUGGAGCUGAAGGGGAUCGGCUGGAGACAAGAGUUGCAACUGAUGGCGCCGCCGGCCGUUCACAGCACCUUGGUCGGUCUGUUCGCUCUUCUCUUCGUCUUCUCAGUGGAGAUUUGUAACGGGUUCUACGUUCAGCCUGACGUGCUGUUCUCUCUCGGAGCAGCCGGUUUUUCCAGAGGUGUCCGAGUCAGUGAGGUCUCUGGCACUGGUUUUCUCCGCUCGACCCUCUUUGUCCCUCGAGCCACACACGGUCACACGGGGACCUACCACUGUAACAUCGAGGACGGCACGGACAGGGUCACCCAGAGGAGAGCGCCUGGUCUCUGUUGGAAACUUCCCUGUCUACCGUUCAUCACAGCUAGCCACCCAGCCACCAUCACCGUUCUAGGGAACUCGACGGUGGAAGAAGCGGUUGAAAUCCAGAGCUGCUCGUCUGUUCUGCUACGGUGUGGGUCACUGCUGUCGACGCACGGUCUCAGACCUGUACUGGAAUGGGUCUGGGACGGAAUCACUCUCAACAUUUCCUCUAAUUGGUACGCCAUCCUGGCAAAUGGCGACCUGGUUCUGUAUGAUGAGUUAGAGGACAAUGAAGGCAGUGGAGUGAGGGGACAAUUUCAGUGCAUUGCCCUGUCAGAGGAUCAUUCAAACCCUGCCGUGAUAGCUUCCUACACAGUCGAUGGAGGUGCGGAAGGUAGUGGGGAUCCGAGUUCUGUGCUACAACUGGAUGUGUCCCCAGCCUCUCCAGUAACUGAGGGAGAAUCGUUCUCAAUUUACCUCAAUUUCUCCGCUGGGCACUGUCAGGGGGGCCAGCCUCUGCACUGUGGAUGGACCAGAAACGGCAGUUCACUCUGCUCACACGACAAUGAACGGUAUGGCUGUGGGGUGCAGGUGUUGACAGUAAAGUCGACACUGGACGUGUCUGACAGUGGUAGAUACUGCUGUCUUCUGGACAUUGACAGUGUUGAGACCACACACUGUAUUGACAUUGGAGUAAGACCUAAAUCUACACCAAUGGGAACCUCAGAGAAGACCGAUUUUCUCCCCUCAGAUCCGCCUCUUGUCUCCUCCCCUCACAAUGGCACAACUCUCACCACCGUCCACCCAUCACCUCUCACCCUCGCCUGCUCCCCUUCUCCCCCAACCUCCUCUCUCUUCUGGCUGUUCAACGGCGUGGCCAGACCAGACUGGAACGGUCUGACUGAGAUUUCUCUGGAGACCCUCUCAAUUGGAGUCUACCAGUGCUUCGCCGGGAACCAGUUCGGGUACUCUGUUGUAACACUACGGAUCCUCCCAGAUGGUCUAACAAACCCACCCGGUAUUCCUAACUACCUCUACGAAGUCCCCAGACCGGACUCACUACAUAGACCGGCGUACUACUUCUCCUGGGAGCCACCAACUUACCCACAGCUACUGGACACCGCCACCCGUGACUUGUACUAUUCCCUCAGUACUAUUCCGGCAACCCUCACCCGCAACAGUUCAACAGUGGCGUUCAUUGGUCACGACACUUACGCCUCUCUCUUUACAUUUGUGGUGGAUGAGAAUGGAGUGAAGCUAAGUGAAGGCUCACCAGCAUUCUGGAGAAAGUUCAAUGACUCGAGAUGCUAUAAGCUAGUGUAUUUCCCUCCACUGCUGAAUGUUGGUUGUGACGGUGGACAAGCUAACCUGACGUGGACCAAUAACCCCGAAAACACUCGGAUCUAUUAUUUAACAUUCUAUAAUCUCAAUGAACACAUUCCCGGCCGGUACUACAUACACAUCACCUGCUACCUCCAAAACAACAUCCUCAUUGAGGUUGAGCACGAUUACAGUGAGAAUGGGAGUAGUGUGUUUGAGGAGCUGGAGAAGCUGCCAGUUGGUAGUGAGUGUGUGUUCAGAGGAGCUGCUACUCCACCUGACAGAGAGCAGUGGCCUUCUUUCUGCCUCGACCCUGCCAAUGUUGUCUACAGCACCACGUCCUGCCACACCACUGCCUAUGUUGAGUUUGAGAGGGGAAGCUACCAGGCAAAUGAAGGGGAGAGAUUCAAAGAAGUCUGUGUCACAUCCAGAGGCUCCAACUUUUCCCUCCAACUGCUGGCUACCCAUGAAGACAACAGCACAGAAGUGAGAGAAGUUGAAGUGACAGCUGCUGGUUCAAGUGUGUGUGUGGACGUUGACUUGAGAAAUGACGAAGUUGUGAACAAACCGAGAAAUAUUUCCCUCUCUCUCCGAACUAGCAAUGUUAGUAUAUCCACCGGUCCCUCUGCCAUUAUCACAACUCUCAAUGAUGACAUUGCUCGUGUGUAUUUCACGAAACAAUCGUACUCCCUGGAAGAGGGAAAUACGACAGAAAUCUGUGUGGAGACUGACAUGGAGCUACCGAUAACGGUCUACCUCAGCCCCUAUACCAAUAGAAAUAGCAGUGGAAGGUUGGAUCUCCCUCAAGAAUUUGCUCUAGGGCCUCUAGCAACAAUCUCUUGUCAGCCAGUUACGAGUCACGAUAAUGAUGUCGUUGAUGAGAGUCAGACCUACCAAUUAAUGUUGCUGGAUGGGGGAAACCCUCUCGUUAGUACCACUGGAGCUACUUUGACGAUUGCCAACAAUGAUGUUGUCAAUGUGGGGUUCACUGGAACACAAUAUGAGGUGGAAGCUGGGGAGAAGGUGGAAGUGUGUGUGAUAGCUGAAGCCACAUGGAGGCUGGAAAAAGUGAUUUCUGUCGAUCUAAUUCUCUUUGCUGGAUCUACAGGCAAUGAAAGAGCUGUUGAGUUGAGCAAGGAGACACUGGAGUUUUCCACCAGUAACACGACCAGCUGCGUCUCUCUCAACACUAGUAGUGGCAUAAGCAGCACUGCUACAUUCGAACUGAAGCUGGUCAAUUCCAGAGCAAAAGAUAUCCGCUACUUUAACAACACGGCCUACAUCACUGUUAUGGGAACAGUUUCUUCUAGCCAUAAGCAAGAUCACACUGAAGUCAUUUUAGCAUCAGUCAUGCCUUUUAUACUGGUGUUUGUGACUGCUAUUCUCAUUUUUCUUCUGCUCCUGCGGCGGCGGUACUACAACCACAGGGGCCUCUAUACAACACACAACAAGUUUCAUCAGGAGUCACUGGAGUAUUGUGAUUAUGAGCCAAAGCCUAUAUCAUUUGGAAGCUCAUCUACAGUAUAUGACUCAGUGACAAAACCAGCACCUGACAGUGACGUACGAAAAGAUUUGGAUAUCGAGAGUUUGACAGACUCUUGCGACCAGCCCCUGUUUUUCUACGACGGAGAAACAUUUCAGGGUGGGAGGGAGGGAAAGGAGAAGGUUGAAGAGGAGGAGGAAGAGGGGAAUAUGGCAAGAGAGAGACUCUGUUACAGAGACAAGGACGACACCUACCCACCGAGUAUGACUGGGAAUAUCGGCAGUGGUGGUGGCUGGCAAAGACACCACUCUACAGUGGCCGAGAUGACUCCACAGGAGGAUCGAGAAACCGAGACAACAACCGACACUAUAACUCUGGGUGAACGCCCUGAAAACGGCGCCACAGACUGUAAAAGUACGGGGAGAGGUUUUGGCACUACCGCUACCGCUGCUGGGACAGAUGCCGAGUCACUGGGUGUCUUUGGAGAUCUGACGGCGGGUUUCAGGAACCUGUUGAGUGAGGUGGCAGAUUUGGCCGUUGGGGACAGCGUUGGUAUAAUACGCUGUGCUUACGUAACGCGGUCGCAUAAUUUAUCGUGGUCGUCACCACAAACUUUGCAAGCACGACGACUCAAAAAUAAUUUUCAUGACAAUAUGGCCGUGAUGUGCUGCAGCAGCUUGCUGGCUCUGUCCCUGGGAGUACUCCUGGCGGCCUGGUGGCUAGCUGGGAGAGACGUUCCGGCCGGCUACGACCGUCCGCCCGUUACGAACGCAGACGGUUCAGUUUACUUUGACCAUACCAAUCUGCUGAUGCCCUCAACCGUUGAAGAAAUAGCGGAAAUAGUUCAGUCUGCCAACCGAGAUGGUCGCAGUAUUAAGGUCCUUGGAGCUGGACACUCACGCUCAGCCAUUGCUCACUCCAAUGACAUCUACCUGUCUCUUUAUAACUACAGAGGUGUAGUAAACAUUGACAGACCCACGAAGAGAGUGGCCGUAAAAGCUGGGACGCUGCUCAAGCACUUGAACAAACAACUCAGAAGAAAUGGACUGGGCCUCAGUAAUCUGCCAACUCUCGGCGAUCAAACAAUCGGCGGAGCACUUGCCGUUGCUAUUUUCAACAGGGAGCCAUGGAACUGGUCUGAACUACGGGAACUUGGCAACAUUAGUGACUCAUCUCUCCUUCGUCUCGGGCACUGGGAAGGCAAGUGGGCCCAAAUGCCACCUUCGUUUGCAUUUUAUUUGACUUUUGUGACUUACCUAACACUACAGCUCAUUUCGGUCAACGCCUCAUCAGAUCCCAAUCUCUUUAAAGCAGCUCUGGUUAGUUUGGGGAUGAUAGGAGUGGUCACGGAAGUCACUUUCCAGUGCGAAGAGGCGCACAACUUGAGAGAGAAUAUCACAGUUUUGCCCGUGGAUCACUGCCUGCGGAACCUCCCACUCUACUCUUCGCAGUCGGAUCACGGAAAGUUCUGGAUCGAGGCCCACAGUGGAGUGUGUGCCAUGUUCAGUGUCUGGAAGACAAAUCAACCGGUCACGGAGGUGCAGGGAGUGUGGUCGUGGGAUGUCAAGAAUCGAAUAUCUGAGCCACUGCUGUGGCUGGGUUCAUGGCUCCCAAGUGUCAAUCCACGCAUCGUAUCGUUUCUCUACAACAGUCUUCAAAUCUUCACUCCCUACGAACGCAUUGAUGCAAGUGAACAUGUGUUAAUUCCGCCUCUCUACGUACCUGCAAACCACCAGUUGGAGUUUGGGGUUGACAUGAAGGAUUGCGUGGCUGCUGUUAACGAGACUGUACAUCUGGCGAGAAGUAACCCACACACCAACAUGUUCACAGAGGUGAGGUAUGUGAAGAGAGACGAAAUAUUCCUGAGUCCAAACUACCAGCGCGACUCGUGCCAAGUAACAGUCAUAAUCUACAAUCCUUCGCACGACGUCCUCCACGGCUAUUUCGACGCUCUGUGCGAAUCUUUCUCGCGGUAUUCUGCCCGCCCUCACUGGGCCAAGCAUCUGUGUGGGCUAAGAAGGAGUCAACUGGAAAUUCUGUAUCCCAAACUGUCAGAUUUUGCCAAGAUCAGAGCAGAUAUGGACCCCAAUGGUGUCUUUAUUAACAAUCCUCUCAGAGAUUUAUUUAGUUUUUAAUAGUCCUUUCUGUAUAAUAAAGGUUCUUUUAUCACUCUUGUAUUAUUAUUAUUAUUGCUCAAUUUAGGACUUUAAAUUAUAAUGUUGUAAUCAGCAA